CAGAUCUUCAUCUUCUUUCAUUCACUUCAGUCUUUCUUUCGAAGAGCUAGUCUCUCGUUCCUUUCGUUCCAAUUCAACCGAGCCAGUCUCCAGCACUACCAAACAAUUUUACUAUCCCUCAAACCAACUCUUUUCAAAAUGAAGUUCUCCGCUCUCGCCCUCGCUGCCCUCUCGCAGGUCGCUUCUGCCCACUACUUCUUCGACGUCAGCGCUCUCAACGGUGUCGAGUCUAAGUCCUUCCAGUACAUCCGUGACUUCACUCGUCCCACCAAGUACAACCCCAUCAAGUUCUCCUCCAACCCUUCCGCCGACAUCCGCGACAACUCUUUCGCUGAUGGUGAGGACAUCAUCUGCAACCAGGGUGCCACCGGAACCGGUGGUAACACUGAGGUCCUUGAGGUCAAGGGCGGCGAUGUCAUGACCUUCAAGCUUGCUGUCGGUGCCAAGAUGGGUCACCCCGGACCUACUCUGGCCUACAUGUCCGCCGCUGGUAGCGACGUCAAGUCCUACAAGGGAGACGGCGACUGGUUCAAGAUCAUGGAGGAGGGUGUCUGCAACGCCAGUGGUGACUUCACCAAGGACGCCUGGUGCAACUACGACGCCCCCUCUUUCGACGUCAAGAUCCCCCAGGGUACCCCUAACGGCGAGUACCUCCUCCGAGUUGAGCACAUCGGUAUCCACCGAUCCCACGUCAACCAGCCCGAGCACUACGUCUCUUGCGCUCAGGUCAAGGUUACCGGUGGCUCUGACGGCACUGUCGACGCCGAGAUGGUCAAGUUCCCCGGUGCCUACAAGGACACCGAUGAGUACGCCAACUUCUCCAUCUACGGCGGUGCUAAAGCCUUCCCCAUGCCCGGCCCCAAGGUCUGGGACGGUGCCGCUUCCGCUGGUGGCUCUACCGGUGGCAACACCGAAGCCCCUGCCGCUGGCAACACUGAGGCUCCCGCUUCUACCCCCGCUCCCGAGGCCGGUAACGGUCAGCAGAACGGUGGUGAGCAGGCCGCUCCCUCUGCCACUCCUGAGGCUGGCAACAACAACGGCCAGAACGGUGGCUUCCCCGGUGCCGCCAACCAGCAGUUCCAGGGACAGACUGGUUCCAACGGCUCUCCCUGCUCCGCUUAAGCGAGCAACCUUUUUUCUUGGAGAUGCUGUAGUGUUUUAUUUUACUGAAGGGAGGAAACUGAAGCAAAGAUGGAAGAGUUGAAGAGGUGGCUGGUCAACCUUCAUGUAUAAAAGAGUCCUGUUGAUCGUUUCAAAACACCUAGAUGAAGAGGGGAUAGUCUGGUACUGUGCUCAUAGUUUUUUAGCUUUGUCUGUUUAAUACGAAGCAGUUUUAGGAC